AUGACGUCAUCAUUAAUUGACACGUUGGAUUUGGCAGCUAUUAUUUUGAAUCGUUGGAUAGUAUUGGCGAUAUUCAUAACAGGAAUCAUAGGAAAUUCCAUUAAUAUAAUCAUCUUCUCUCGUGGUAUAUUUGUCAAACAAUCGUGUUCUUUAUAUUUUCUUGCUGCAUCAGUAAAUAAUUUAGUGAUGUUUUUCAUUGGUCUCUUAACUCGAAUGUUAGAUGACGGUUUUCAACUUGACAUAUUCGAUGGAGCUUCGAAUGUCUAUUGUAAAAUUCGAACAUACCUUGUAUAUACCCUAUUUGCGAUAUCGAGUUGGUAUUUUGUUUGUGCAUCGAUCGACAGACUCUAUUCUACAAAUCAAUCAGCAUUGAAACGUCAAAAAAUUUGCUCAACCCGAAUGGCCAUUCAAUGUAUUGGGCUAACAAUAGUAUCAUGUUUAUUAGUACAUAUACACGUUCUUGUUUAUUAUCAGUAUUUUUAUAAACUGGAUGUGCAUAACCAGCUAUCAUGGACUUGCACAACGAAUGAUACUACCUAUAAUAUGUUUUUUGCUAUAUUUAUGUUAAACUUUUACAGUCUAUUACCUCCGUUGUUAAUGUCAAUCUUGGGGAUUUUAACGCUCAAAAAUAUACGACAAUCUCGAAUUCUGGUCAAUCCAUCCACGAUGACUCCCAUUCCAGUUAGACGAGAUAAACAACAAUUAAUUAAAAGUCUUUCAGUUCAAAUACUCGUUCUUAGUAUUCUAACAAUUCCACACUCAUGUUAUUGGAUGUACAUAGCUUUUACGUCUACUCAAAGUUCUGCGAAAUCUGUAUCAGUACGCGCAUGGGAAAAAUUUAUUUUACAUAUUGUUCGGGUUUUGCUUUAUGUGAAUUACGGAAGCUCAUUUUAUAUUCAACUUUGCAUAUCCAAAACAUUUAGAAGAGAAUUUGUAAAAAUAGUUGACAAUAUCACAAGACACUGGAGAAAUUUCUUUUAG